UGAAGGUCGAAAUUGGAUUCGUGGACGGCGGAAAUCAUGAAUUUAGUUUGGAAUUUGGAUCCGACUGCGCCUCCGCGAUUUCCUUAAGGCACUAAAUGAAAUUAUAUCAAGGCAACGAGGCAAGGCAUUGACAUAAGGCCACAAGGCGUCCUUCGACUUCCCUCCACCAUCAAUCUCCAAGUGUUCCACGGCAGUCAAGAUUUCAUGACUGUUGAUUGCUGAACCAUUUGAUCUACCACACCGACAUCACGAUGAACAACGAACAGUUUAGGCGACUAUUACAGGAGAACUCCUCCAACGGUAAGCCGAAGGGCUCCAAUGGGGGACCGCCACCCUCAUCGCUUGGCUCCCGAUCAAGGGCCUCCUUCCCCAUGACACCAUGUAUACCUCCGGGGCUUAAGGAACUACAGACGUGAUUUAGUAGUGGCGCUAGCUCUGUCUAGAGUUCACAGAUUGGCGAUAGCAUAUACCCCUUCCUUCCCUGGCA